UUCCCUCCGCCAUUUUAAAAUCUCACUCCUUUCGAGAUCUCUCUUUUCCUUUUCCUGAAUAAAACACACUCCACUGAGAAAAUAAAGCACAGAAGAGAAGAAGAGCGAGCGAGCGAGCACGAAAGUGGAAAAAUCGGUGGAGAGAAGAUGAUGCAGAAGUUAUGGGGUAGAGGCAGUUCGUCUGCCUCUAAGGACAAUAUCGAUACUUCUCCUCAAUCACUCCCUCAUUCUCCUUCUUCCUCGACAGUGGUCGCAACGGGCCCGGCCCGGCCAGUUCGUCUCGUCUAUUGCGAUGAGAAAGGCAAAUUCAGGAUGGACCCUGAGGCUGUCGCUACGCUUCAGCUCGUCAAAGGGCCUAUUGGGGUCGUCUCGGUUUGCGGUCGAGCUCGCCAGGGCAAGAGCUUCAUUCUAAAUCAGCUUCUUGGGAGGAGUACUGGGUUUCAAGUUGCAUCGACCCACCGACCAUGCACCAAAGGGCUUUGGAUGUGGAGCACACCUUUAAAGAGAACUGCACUUGAUGGGACUGAAUACAGUCUCCUACUUCUUGACAGUGAAGGAAUUGAUGCUUAUGAUCAAACGGGAACAUACAGCACUCAGAUAUUUUCCUUGGCCAUUCUCUUAUCCAGCAUGUUUAUCUACAACCAGAUGGGUGGUAUUGAUGAAGCUGCACUUGAUCGUCUCUCUCUCGUGACUGAAAUGACCAAACAUAUUCGUGUUAGAGCUUCUGGAGGAGGAAGGACUACAGCAUCUGAGCUUGGGCAGUUCUCGCCAAUUUUUGUUUGGCUUCUGAGGGAUUUUUAUUUGGAUUUAGUAGAGGAUAAUAGAAAAAUAACACCACGUGAUUACCUAGAGUUAGCCUUGAGGCCAAUGCAAGGAGGUGGAAAAGAUGUAGCUGCCAGGAAUGAGAUCCGAGAAUCCAUUCGUGCUCUUUUCCCAGAUCGUGAGUGUUUCGCCCUUGUUCGGCCAUUGAACAAUGAAAAUGAUCUCCAACGACUUGAUCAGAUCCCUUUGGACAAAUUACGGCCAGAAUUUAGAUCUGGUUUGGAUGCAUUGACUAGGUUUGUUUUUGAGAGAACCAGGCCCAAGCAAGUAGGUGCUACAAUAAUGACAGGCCCCAUUCUAGCAGGUGUCACUCAAUCUUUUCUAGAUGCUCUCAAUAAUGGUGCAGUGCCUACAAUAUCUUCCUCAUGGCAGAGUGUUGAAGAAGCAGAAUGUCGGAGAGCUUAUGAUUCAGCAAGUGAAGUUUACAUGACUGCUUUUGACCGUUCAAAGCCUCCUGAAGAGGUUUCUCUAAGAGAAGCACAUGAGGAGGCAGUUCAAAAAUCAAUUGCCACAUUUAACGCUAGUGCUGUGGGGGCUGGUUCAGCAAGGCAAAAGUAUGAAAAACUUCUUCAGAACUUCUUCAAGAGGGCUUUCGAGGACUACAAGAGGAAUGCUUAUAUGGAGGCAGAUUUGAGAUGUUCAGACACCAUACAAGGCAUGGAAAAGAAGUUACGAGCAGCUUGCCAUGCUCCUGGUGCUAAAAUUGAUGAUGUUCUCAAGGUUCUUGAGGGCCUUCUAUCUGAGUAUCAAGCUUCAUCUCACGGUCCAGGAAAGUGGCAGAAGCUUGCAGUCUUCUUACAGCAAAGUCUGGAAGGGCCAAUCCUUGACCUUGCCAAGAAGCUUCUUGAUCAAAUUGAGUCAGAGAAGAGUAAUCUCAUGUUGAAACACCGCUCUAUCGAGGACAAGUUGGGCUUACUUAAGAAGCAGCUGGAAGCAAGUGAAAAGUAUAAAACUGAAUAUCUGAAACGUUAUGAAGAUGCUAUCAAUGACAAGAAGAAGAUUUCUGAUGAAUAUAUGAGCCGUAUUACUGCCUUGCAGAGCAAAUGCAGCUCCUUGGAAGAGAGGUGUUCAAGCUUAUCAAAAAAUCUUGAUUCUGCAGCACAAGAUUCCUUGGAAUGGAAAAGAAAAUACGAACAGAUAUUUUCAAAGCAGAAAGCUGAGGAGGACCAAUCAAGUGCAGAAAUAGCAAUUCUCAAAUCCAGAACCAGUGCUGCUGAAGCAAGGCUGGCUGCUGCUCGUGAACAAGCGCAGUCUGCACAAGAAGAGGCAGAGGAGUGGAAACGGAAGUAUGAUGUUGCUGUUAGAGAAACCAAGGUUGCUCUGGAGAAGGCGGCUGCUGUGCAAGAGCGAACAAAUAAGCAGACACAACUAAGGGAAGAUGCUUUGAGGGAGGAAUUCUCUGCAACUUUGGCUGAAAAGGAACAGGAGAUUAAAGGCAAGAUAACUGAGCUUGAACAGGCUGAGCAGCGUGUCACCACUUUGAGUUUGGAGUUGAAAGCUGCUGAGGCAAAAGUAAAGAGCUAUGACUCGGAAAUGUUGGCACUGAAACGUGAAAUAAAAGAGUUAGCUGAGAAAUUGGAUGCUGUUAAAGCCACAGCUCAGUCAUUUGAGAGAGAAGCUAGGAUAAUGGAGCAAGAGAAGACUCAUCUGGAGCAGAAAUACCUAUCUGAGUUCAAGAGGUUCGAGGAAGUCCAGGAAAGAUGUAAAAUUGCUGAAAAGGAAGCUAAGAGAGCAACUGAUUUGGCUGAUAUAGCACGAGCAGAAGCUGUCACUGCUCAAAGGGAAAAAAGUGAAGUCCAGCGGGUUGCAAUGGAGCGAUUGGCCCAAAUUGAGAGAGCUGAAAGGAACAUCGAGAACCUGGAGAGACAGAAGGCUGACCUAGCAGAUGAAGUAGAGAGAUUUCGUGCCUCUGAAAUGGAUGCCUUGUCUAAAGUGGCACUACUGGAGGCCAGGGUUGAAGAGAGGGAGAAAGAGAUCGAGUCAUUAUUGAAAUCAAACAAUGAACAAAGGGCUAGCACAGUUCAAGUUCUUGAGGGCCUUCUUGCAACUGAACGAGCAGCCCGAGCAGAGGCAAACAACAGGGCAGAAAGCCUAUCUGUACAACUACAAACCACUCAAGGAAAAUUGGAUCUACUCCAGCAGGAAUUGACUUCAGUUCGUCUGAAUGAAACAGCAUUGGAUAGUAAACUAAAAACUGCUUCACAUGGGAAACGUUCAAGGCUUGAUGACCAUGAUGGGGGUUUGGAAUCUGUCCAAGAUAUGGACGUUGAUGACAAGAUAAUCAGAGGAAGAAAGAGAUCCAAAAGUACAACAAGCCCUUUGAAGUAUGCCCAAUCAGAAGAUGGAGGUUCAGUUUUCAAGGUCAGUGAUGAUAACAAUCACAGUCAGCAUACAGAGUCAGAGGACUAUACUAAGUUCACCGUGCUGAAACUGAAGCAAGAGCUCACAAAACAUGGUUUUGGUGCAGAGUUGCUUCAGUUGAGGAAUCCCAACAAGAAGGACAUCCUCGCUCUAUAUGAGAAACACGUACUCAAGAAAUAGUCUCUGGUAUAUGACUUGUAUAGAGGACUGUAAUUUAUGUAGGUAUUACUUAGAUCAACUCACCACACUUGCAGAGUGCAAUUCUUCAAGGAGGGUUCGUUCCCUUGAAAUGCCAUCCGCUUUUUGGGCUGAGGAACAUCUCUAUAAUGUAAUUAACUGGUACCUCGUGCUGCAUUUGAGUGCCAAUUACAGCAACAUUUUGGGAGAUGGGGGUUGCCGGGACGGUUUUUCAUUAUUUUUCUUCCCUCUAUUUUUCGUUCAAGUUCUGCUUGUGUGUGGUUCCCUAGACAGGAAUUUUUCUUUACUACGACUUGGGCUUCCUCCUACCAUAGAAUAUAUUACAGGGUGUUACACUUGGUAUUGUAAAAAGGCAAGUGGACUUCACGAGUGUCUUCUGAUUUCCAUUUUACUUUUGUUUCUUUCUGCAUGUUUUUGUUUCGAGUGGUUGGUUAUUUGUUUUUGAUUGGGCUACUGACUACUCUGUUCUUUGUUGUGUUGUACAAUUGUAGAUGGAUGGAUUGAUUUACGUUUGCCUUUGUA